AUGGGUUGGGGUUUCUACACAUGUGGGCCCAACGAAGCGCUUGUCGUUUCCGGCUGCUGUUAUAAUAAGCCUUACUAUGUUCCGGGUGGUCGGGUCUUCGUUCUUCCAUUUGUUCAAAGAAUUGACCGAAUUUCUCUAAACAUAAUGACUCUAAUUAUUGAAAGUCCUCGAAUCUACACUCGCAAUGGUGUACCAAUUACAGUUACUGGAGUCGCUCAAGUGAAAAUUCAGGGUUCUAACUCGGAGAUGUUGAGCGCCGCAUGUGAACAAUUUCUUGGCAAAUCCGAACCCGAAAUUCAGGAAGUUGCUAAACUUACCUUAGAAGGACAUCAGCGUGCCAUAAUGGGUAACAUGACUGUCGAGGAGAUCUAUAAAGACCGCAAACUUUUUUCUCGCAGUGUUUUCGAGGUUGCAUCAUCAGAUCUAGUGAAUAUGGGAAUCAGUGUUGUCAGCUAUACUUUGAAAGAUGUCAAAGACGACGAGGGCUACUUGGAAGCGUUAGGAAUGGCUCGUACAGCUCAAGUGAAACGUGACGCCCGAAUUGGCGAGGCUGAGGCUCGAAGAGAUGCUGGAAUUCGUGCAGCUCAAGCAGAAGAGGCAAAGACCAAAGAGGCGUUAAAAAAUGAGGCCCUAGUUGCUAAGGCUCAGCGUGACCUGGCCCUCAAGCGCGCUGCCUGUGACAAAGAAGUUAGGGCUCUACAGGCCAAAGCUAACCUCGCUUAUCAACUUCAGGCUGCCAAGACACGUCAACAAAUUCGAGCUGAAGAGAUGGCUGUAGAGUUGGUUGAACGCAAACGUCGUAUCGAACUGGAGGAAUUGGAGCGUCAACGUGCUCACUUCCGUCUUGAAGCUGAGGUUAGAAGCCCUGCUGCUUCGGAAUGCUUCCGUCUUCGCACAAUCGCCGAGGCGGAGCAGGCUCGAGUGACUGCAGAGGCCGAAGCAGAAGCCGAGUCAGUGAAACUCAAGGGUCUGGCUGAAGCCGAAGCAAAUCGUGUUGUUGCGCUGGCUGAGGCUGAAAAGAUGCGUCAGGUCGCCGAGGCUCUCAAGAACUAUCAGGGAGCAGCGAUGUUGGACAUGGUCCUGCAGGCCCUGCCCCGGGUAGCAGCCGAGAUCAGUUCACCACUGACGAACUGUGAGAAGGUCACGAUGGUUGCCACUGGUGAUGGGGAAGUUGGUAUCGCCAAGCUCUCAAAUGAGGUUGUCCGUGUUAUUGAGUGUCUCCCAUCUCUCAUUACCUCUCUCACUGGUCAGGACAUGAAAUCCUUCAUUCCAUCACGCUAA